AUGGCCGCGUUCCGCGGCCAGGGCCGUGAAUCAGCCCCUCUCCGGCGGGACGGCGCCAGGGUGCGAACGUGGUCGCGGUUCUCGGUCCGCGGGGCGCGGGACGCGAAGCGCGAAACCGAAUUGCACAGGUGGGUCUUCGUGGCGAGCGACGCGCUGCAAGCCGGAGUCAAGGAGCAGCCAAGGAAUUGGGCGAAGUUCAUGAGCGAGAAGGACGACCGGAUUUGGUGGUACAACCCCGAGAAGCCCGACGACUGGUUUUGGCACCCCGUUUCUGAGAGGGGCAGCGCGUCGGCCUUUUCGGCAUCCUGA